AUGGAGGGAAAGGACAGGAACAGCACGAGCGACGCAAACCUGUGUAAAUACAAGAACAAAAAAAUAGUGAAAACAAUAGAUGACAUAAACGAGUUUGUAAAAACAUACCCUAAAACGAACAGAGAAUUAAAUACGUACAUUAUCAAAAAGGACAGAGGAAGCGAAGUCUCUCUUUUAAAAAGUUUCGUUUUUUAUAUAUUUACCCAAAUAACGAGUAUCCUAGCUGUAUGUUUGGUCAUAUUUUGCAUUGGGUUCUUAAUUGGAAAUCACAUUUCAUCUAAAUCGUCGGUAGUAAAUUCAGUCAUCUAUAAUUUCUACUUAGCAAAUGACGUCGGUGCGCAGUUGUACGUGGGAAAACUUGCCAAACAGAAUGGUACACAUGGGAGUCAAGUGCAGGAUACACUGGCACUAGACCUAAUGAUAAAUUUUAACUUUGACUAUAACAACCUAUUUAUGGGAACGCUUAUUGGAAAAGUUUUAUUGUAUUACUACCCAGCUAAUGACAUUGGUGUGGGGGCUGAAGAACACUGCUACCGCAAUGGUACAUAUAUUGCACUGGCACGGUCCACGAUCAAUCCGAGGCAAUUCCCCAAGUGGCAGAAAAACGAUGAAGAACUGUUUGAAAAUUUUGCAAAAGAAAAUUCGCUAAUUUUUUUAAAUUAUGCUAUGAAGAUGAAAAAGGAAGCUCAGAUAACGUAUAUCAAUGAUUUAUUGUUUGAGAAUUUAAAUGCCUAUCCCAUUGGGGGGGCAGACAUUACCAUAUCUCCGGGUAUAAUGCAGGGCAUUAACUCGAUUAACGCGCUGGUCAGCAUAAACCACAUAAUUACAGAUAAAACAUUGCUACAACAAUUAAUUAAUGAUUGUAAAAAAGGGAGGAUAUAUGUACAGCUACACUUUGCCAGUAAUCAAAUAAAGACAAUCCUCUUUCGCUUCCAACCCCAAACGGGGAUUUUCCUACCCUUUAGAAUUCCCUGCGAGAUCAAAUCGCACGAUAGAAGUCCGAGCAAUGAAUUUCGCCUAAGUGUCAUUAAGAAUUAUAAUGUCCAAAAAACGGCUAUCAAGAAUAUUAACUUUUUUAUCAAUUAG